AGAGUCCAUUGCUCUGUAAGCAAAACUGUCUUUCUUCCUUUUGCAGAAUAUGGCUUCGGUGAAUAUGACAAACUGGUGCGGAGCGAUCACGCAGGAGGAGAGGGGAAGAGGACGAUCUGGGAGUGAUUUGGAAGAAGAUCUGCUUGGAGAGGAUUGGCUGUCGGGGAAAAAGAAUCCCUCAGAAGUGUCGGAUGAAGAGCUGAAUGACGACCUCCUACAGAGUGAUGAUGAAGAAGUCACCAUGAGCGGUCAGGGUGUCAACGCCACAGUCAGCUUGGGCGCAUCCUCGCAGGUGGCAGAAUACACAGAUGACGUCGUGAACCUGGGUGAGGAGGAGGAGGAGGGUUACCAGCAAGAAGAGGAGGGAUACACACAGGAAUACAGCCAAGACAACAACAACACACAGAUGCCUGAAGAAGAAGAACCAAUGGAUUACACUGGAGAGCAAAAUGAGGGUGACGACGGCUACCAGGAUGAAGUGCUAGACAUCCAAAUCAAUGAGCCCAUAGAUGGGGAGUUUCAAGAUGAUGAAUACCAAACGUCCUAUGAGCAUGGAGUCCAUCAGGAGGCCCCAGAGGAGCAGCAGCACGAGGAGGAGGAGGAGGUAGAGGGGGAGGCGCAGCAGGAGGAGGAGGAGGAGGAUGAGGAAGAACCAGCUGAUGGUUCCCAGCUCUUCGACAGCGAGGAGGUCGAAAACGAAGCUGGGCCUGCAGAGGAAACAAAAGAGGAAUCGGAUGAAGAGGAUGAGGAAGAUGAAGACGCUGGUCGCAUACGGUUCAAAUCCGAAAGGAAGGAUGGCGCUGUUGUGCGGCUGGCUGAUGCAGGAAGUAACCGGAGGAAUAUUCCCGAAACACUAGAACUGUCUGAGAAAGCCAAGCAGGAUCUGAUGGAGUUUGAAGAACAGGAAAGACAAAAGAAACAGAACCGCUAUGGAGGCCGAGGCAUGAGAGGAGGAAUGCAAGGAGGAAGAGGAGGAAGAGGAGGAAGAGGAGGAGGCUUCCCAUCUUUUGGAAUGGGAGAUUUCAGAGGAGGAAACAGAGGGAGAAUGAUGGACCAGAGGCACUCUCUGAUGGGAGUUCCUAUGAGCAUGCAGCAGCAAUCCUCCCGAAUGCCUCUUCCUCAUCAGCCUCAUCAGCAGCAAAUGCACUCUCAGCAUCACCCUUCACGUCCGAGAGGUCCUCCCCCCUUCCAGGACCACGGGCGUGCGAUUACCCAGCAGCCAUUGCAGCCCCUCAUCCCCCAACACAUGGCUCACCGCUCCCCCCCCAUGAGGCCCCAGAUGGAGCCACCACCACGGAUGAUGAGUUCUCCGCCACCAAACUUCCCCCAGCAGCAGCAGCAGCACCACCAACAACAACCCCCCCCACAGUCCAAAAACAUCCACAUUAACCCCCAUUUCAGAGGGCCAACGUCAUCCCCCGUGCAAGUGCCCUUGAUGCCUCCUGCUCAAAGCCAACCCAGACCUGCUGUGGGUCCUCAGAGGUUCCCUGGUCCCGGAGACUUCCAGCAGCACAUGUCAGGCAAUUUUGGCCAAUCUCAGAGGCCCCUUCAUCACAUGGAGCCCUUCAGGAGCCAGCCAUCGCAAGGCCCCCAAGACAGAGAGCCUCUCUUUAUGGGCGAUCGUGCAGAGUCCACACGGUUUCCAGGGCAGCACAUGUUUGAUCACCAGGGCCCAAACUCUCUGAUGAACAGCAACCACAGCCUCCACCAGCAGCAGCAGCAGCAGCAGCAGAUUCAGGGUCACAUGGGUUUCGGCCCACCAGGACCCACGUUCAACCAGCCGGGCCUAGGUCUUUUCCCCAGAGAACCGCCCAGACCCAACCUCCCUCCCCACCAGGGGCACCAGGGGAUGGUAGGAAUGAACCAACAAGGACCCCCAAAUCAGCCGAGACCCUUCAUGGGCCCUCGGCAGCCGUUUGGCCAGCAGGGGAGCCUUUUCCCACCUCCUGACGUCCAGUUUGGGAUGCAGGUACGACUGAGAGGCUUAAUGGGACCUCCCGUUUCCCAGCUUCCCCAUCAGCCCAUGCACCUGCACCAGCAGCUGCAUCACAGGCAGGACUUACCUCAUCAUCAGCAUCAACAUCCAAAUGUCAAUGAGCCGCGUCCCAUGAUGCACCACGGCCAGAAUCCUUUCCACCAACAGCAGGUGCAUGGAGGCCCCCGACAGAUGAGUCCCCGCCCUCAAAACCCCCAACAGAGAAACAUGUCCAACAGGCAGAGGAUGAACACACCCAUGUCUAAGCAAAUGCAGCAUCGCAACAGCAACCUGCGGGAGCUUCCUGUCGCGCCUGCCAACACGAACAUGAACAUGAACAACGCCCGCCCCGCCGCCAACAUUCGGCCUGUUGCCAAGGCAAUACCGGGUGUGCGUCCAGGGCAACCGAUGCCCGACGGAGGAAGAGGAAGAGGACAGGUCGUUUCCAAGAUGCAGUCACAGCCACCCGGAGGAAGGACGGUGGUUCGAAAGGAAAUCCCAAGAACACCACUGGAUCCCAACGAAGACGAGGAAACCCGGCAGUACCGUUUGAAGAUCGAGGAACAGAAGCGUUUGCGAGAAGAAAUUCUGAAAACGAAGGAAAUGAGACGACAAAUGCAAGCCGGCGUCAGAAAGAAGGAGUUGCUCGAAAGGAUCAGUUCUCAGACUCCGACACCACAGAUUCAACCUGCACAACAAAACCAGCAAAUGCCACAACUUGUACAGCAACAACAACCACAACCACAACAACAACAAAGACAACCACCACCACCACAGCAGCCGCAGAGACAGUUGCCUCAGAGAGCCCCACAACCUUUAAAUCAGACUUUUAAGAAUCCCAUUCAAGUCAUUCCUCCAAACGGCAAUCCUCAGAUUCUCACGCCACGACCUAAUGUGAAAGCACGCCUUCAGAUGGUGAAAGGAAACAUCCAACAACAACAACAACAACAAACCCCCCAAGUGCAUGUUCCAGAUCAGCAAUGGACUCAACCAAACCCCCAACAGCGAAGGAACUGUGUUCAGAUCAGACCUGGAGCUCAGAUACAGACGCUUCCUCAGAAGAACAUCCCGGUAACUCCUCAAAUUCAGACUCCGGGGCCUCCUCAAGCGGGCGCGAAAAGAACCGUAAUGCAGCGGACCAAAAGCGUCGAUGACCAGCAGGUGCCACAAAAAGUCAGAGUCGUCAAACUUUCAGGAGCGGGUGUAGGAGUUGGUGUUGCAAAUCCAGUUCAACAACAACAACAAGGCACCUGGACGGCAUCACCUCUGACCCAAAGAAAGGUAACGAUGGCGGGGCAACAAGGAGCAGUAGUAGCAGCUCCAGCUGGACGAGGAGUCACCCCACAGCAGAACAGGGUGGUCGUUUCGGCACGGGGACGAGGGCGAGGGGUCGCUCCGGUUGGUCGAGGUCGGCCAAUGUCCACGAGACAAAGUCCGAAAGCAGCCGAGACUGAACGCUGCACCGUUUCCAUCGAAGGCCUUUCUUCUUCUACUACUGACGCACAACUGCAGAACCUCCUCAGAUCCAUCGGCCCCAUAGAGAUGUUCAAAAUGAUGCCCCAGCAGAGGAAAGCAGUCGCCACAUUUUCCAGCUCCCAGCAUGCCAACAAUUUUCAGAUGAGCUUCCACAGGCACAUGAUUGAUUUGUCCCACAUUGAUGUGUCGCUGAUUGAUGGAUGAGGAGCGCAAUAAGAGCCAAUUACAAGAUUCCUCCCAACAACGUGGAAGCAUCUCAUCGGACGACGUUUAUUUCUUCAGAUUCUACACAGAAGCAUCAUUCAUUCAUCUUCUUAUAAACUUGGGACAGAGACUAUGUGUUCCUAUCGCGAGCAUGCCAUUGUUUGACUUGAAUUGUUGUACAAAUGGCACCCGAAAAAGAGACACUGGACCGUUUAAUAAUCCUGCUUUUGAUGUGAAUGUUUUGUGCAUCCCACACGGACACUAAGUGGAACUUAUCAUGGGAUAAUGGUUGCUCCCCUCCUCAGUUAGACUCAGUAUUAAAACUAAACACGCAGACCACUUUGAAAGUUGUUUUUUUCAUUGUUUGUCGUAGUUUUGAGCAGAAAAUGACUUUCCACGUUGCGGUGCUUCUUCCCGCCUGUAGAUGGCAGUAUUUCAUCACUAAUUGUACUUCAUUUUCUUUUUUACAUCUCAAGCUCAGAUAGUCUUCAAGCAGUUUUUGGGUGAAUGGCACCAUCUAGUGGAGAACUUGCAUACAGGCACGAAGGUGGAAGCAGUGACUUGAAAACCAAUUGGUUUUGGAUGUAAACUUAAAAAGCUUUCCAACGGUUUUAGGAUUUGUAAAUGUUGUGCUUUCUUGUGUUUAUUUUGUGGUGUUUUCUUGAGUUCAGAUUGUUAAGUUUAUCUCGAGUUACGGUCAUUUCUCCUUGUUCUGUUCUGUUGUUGAAUAUUUUAGCUGUUACCUGGAAGUUUCCUUCAAAUCCUUUUGGAUGUAUUUUUUUAGUUGUUAGUCUGAUUAUGCAGUAUUUAGAUUUAGUGUGCUUUGAGAGACUGGACUUUGCAACGUUGAUAACUUCCAAUUAAUCGCACAUUUGGUCACAUUUUGAUAAAUCAGAUUGAAUUAGCGUACGGAUUCAUUUCUUUAAACCUUUGCCAGGUCAUACAUUAGGCCUCCUUUGUUCUGAUAUGACUCAUUUAAAUCUGCGUGACUAUAUUUUGAUUUGUUGCCUUAUCGCGGAGCUGCAUGGUUGAUCUGGAUUAAAACGUUGAUGGUUUGCCUUCAGACGAAGCUGUAGAAGAAAAAUAACCUGAUGACUUUCCCCCGUGAAUUGAAUUCCUGCCCCCUUUCAUUGCAUCCCCUAAUUCCAAUCAAGACACCCUUUGAUCAUUUUGAUAUUGCACUCUUACAAAAGAUGCAUUUCUUCAUGAGAAAUUGUAGGUAACACUUCUCCAAUGCGUUUUAAUUUUCCUCUGAACCCUUGUUUGGGAAGUGAUGCCACGUCACAGUAAGAGUUUCCAUAAUGUCAAGCUUUUUUAAUUUAUCCCACUUUGUUCUUUGUCUAUUUCGGCUUCAAAGAUAGUCAAACAAAAGCAGUUAUUUUAAAAAAUACCACUAUUUCCUUAUAAUAUAGAUCAGAAGUGAAUCUCAUGUACAUUUUCACAAAGAAAGCAGAGGGGGCAACCAUUAUAUCUAUGUAGUCAUCAUGUACAAAAACCAGAACUUUCUCUCAAUAUUUAUCCUGUUGAAACCCUUUUUUUUUAUUCUUUACUUAUGUUGUAUCAAGUUUUUACAUGUAAGGAUAUUCUGAUGUGUCCAGACAUAAAUCAUUUUACUAGUGUUUUGUUUCUAAGAAGAAAAUGAAGAAUGACUGGACCACAUUUCUGUUUAUAAGAAAAAAAGUUUAAGGGAAAAUAAAAACAUGGCCAAUAUACCGUGAACAUGAAGGUAUGUGAAGCCGGUUCAACUUUAGCCCAAA